AUAGCUUAUGAUGUAAAAGUAAAGAGAAACAACUUAAUUCUGGAAUGCUUACUAAGUUUAUUUUAAUGAAGAUAUUGAUUACUUAUUCCCUUUGUCUUUAAAUCAGAUGUGAACUUUUUUGGAGUGCAAUUUAUUUUAUCCAUGUUACAAGUGUUGAGAUCCUCAGUUAUAAAUAUAAUUAGUUAGACCUGGUUUGUGGAAAUGUGAAAUUUAAAACCCAAGUUGCGUUGAACUUAAACUGAGUGAUAUUAUAUUAUACUUCAUAGUACUUAUAGUAUAUCACUAUAACUUAUAAGUACUAUUAUAAUAAUGUAACUUGUAGCAAUAACAAACAAGUACUAAGUUUAAAAGUAAUAUUUAAUAUAAUUCAACGUUAAAAUUCAUCAUGGCACUUGAAUCUGAUGCACAGUUUGAGCAAGAUCGAUUGGAUGAUAUCAUGAAUCUUGUCAACCCUUUGAAUGACUUGGAAAAUCCAUCACCUGGUUUUUGUGAUUCAGACUUACUGAGUUUAUUUGACUCCCAUUACCCUUCCUUGAAGGUACUUGAAGAAGAAAUGCAUCCAGAUUGGAUAGGAUCAGUAGCGGAUUCUCAGAUAGAUGUUUCACAUCAGAACAAUCCACAGAUUACUUUCCCUUCUAUAAGUAAUCAGUUGUCCAGUUUUAACACACCAUUAUUACAAGAAGCUCGGCAAACAAACACUGUCAACACAGAUCAAUUUUCCCAUGAGAUCCAACCUCAUACACUUGGGGAUAAGAUGACAUCUCUCAUCAACUUUGAUCCGAACAGUCAAGCUCAAACUUUAAUUGUAGAUGCUAAACCGUCAGUUGCAGUGACAAAUCAGUCACACUCAUCUCUAGCUCAGCAAGUAAAUAUGUCUCACCUAAGCCAAGUCAAUGUUCCUCAAGGUGUUCUUGUCCAGCCUCUUAACCAGAUCAUCACUUCAGUGUCUCAGGCACGAUUGAAUCAGAGUACUGUAGCACAAAGUGCAACUAUUGAUGACAUAGUUGCUGCACUUAAAGCACAAAAGAAACAGCAAUUGCUACAGGAACUUAGUCACCUUCCAACCCAAAAAGUUCAACAGCUUUUGUUACAAACUCAUCUUUUGAAAAAAGAAAAUACAGGGGGAAUAAUUACCUAUACAGCAAACACUGUACCCUGUGUAACUUCAUCUUUAACAACUCCCUCAACUGUCAUGGCAACUACAGCUGCACCAAUUCAUACAGUUGUCAACACCCCACCAGCAGGUGCAAUAUUGACAACAGGGAUUCCCGUUUUUCUGGAUCCUGAUAAACUUCCCAUAAACAGGAUAAAUUCAGUUAAAGCCCAGCCUGAGAAAGGAGAGAAACGCAGUGCUCAUAAUGCAAUUGAACGUAGGUACAGAAGCAGUAUCAAUGACAAAAUCACAGAAUUAAAAAAUAUUGUUGUUGGGGAAGAUGCAAAGGCUAAACACCAAAGAUUUGAAAAAGAUAUAGCAUUCUUAGUUGAGGCUGCUGAUGAUCAUACUGACAAGGCCGAAAAAGAAGGCAAUAUGACUGACUUGGCAAAAUUGGAUAGUUUCAGGAAAAUGGCAAAAGAAAAAUUUGCAGGCCAUACAGGGGAGAGUCAGUUAGAAGGGAUCUACUUAGCUUUGUGUGCAGUCAACCUGGCUGAGGUAGCUGGAGAUGCUCUGGCUAGAGAGACUUGUGCUGAUAUCUAUAUUACUACUGCACUCAGAAUAAAAGAAAGCUUACCAAGAAGCUUGCAUUUUCUGGCUAGGUACUUUUUGAGUCAAGCUAAAGAAAAGUGUACAUCUGAAAACCAAAUUAUCUCACCUGUGUUUCAAUGGCUGUUUCAUCCUGAUGGAUAUAAAUUUUUUGUCUCACACCAGUGGUGUUACAGAGAAAAUGAAUCAGUUUUCAGCUCUCUUGAAAAUACUGGUGAUCCUUUAUCAUAUGUUUCUCAAACAUUCCGAGAAGAUGUAUUAGGAAAAUCUAUCAGGUCAUUGUUUACUUUGCCAAAAGUAUCAAUUUCUGCACUGCAAAGAAGAACCCAACCUUUUGGGGCAAGCACCUUAUACUAUGUGGAACAGUUGUUGGAAGCAAGUAAAGCUGCAGGUCCACCUCGGAAUGUGGCUUUUGCUGUGGGAAGUAACCUGCAUGUACAUAGUACUGACCAUGUGGCUGAAUGGUGGGCUGCACUUGUGGGUGUAACUAUAUACUGGCUACAGGGAGAUGAUGAGAAGGCUGACAAACUCUCUGAGAUUGUAGAUAGUUUUCCAAAUAAUCUUUCAGAAAUUCAAAACCCUCUUCCUGAAGCUCUUUUCACAGCAUACAAAGCUAGGCAGGCCUAUUUGAAAAAACAUCUUCCUGGUGAAGUUUUGGAACUCUGUACAAAAUCUGGAGUCUUGUUGAAAAACAGCCUUAAUUUUGCUUCUCAUCAUGUUCCUUCACAAACUGUCCAGGAUUUCCAGAUUCUUGCAUGCGAUUGGCUGCUCAGUACCAGAACAGCUGUGUGGGAGGAAAGCAUAUGGAUUACCAAGAACUCUCCUGUAAGUUCAGGAGGAGGAGAUCAGAGUUUCACAACAGCAUAUCAGCAUGAUUUAAGUUUGUUACGCAAGUUAGCUCACCGCAUGCCAGAAGCUCAAUCAAAGCUGCCACUAUAUGAAGCUAUCUUACGAAUGGUUACUGGAGCAAACCCAACCAAAACUUACUUUCUCCUGGACCGCAGUUUAAGGAAAAGAGUCAACUCUUCCCCUUCAAUCAUUUGUACUAAAGGAAGUGGAGCAAAUCAGUUGGAGCCUGGUGAUAGAGACCAUGCUUAUGCUUUAAUGCUUGCUUGCCGGCAUUUACCACAGCCCAUGCUUUCUUCACCUGGGGAUCGUGAAAAUAUGCUUGCAGAUGCUGCACAUAUCCUGGAGAAAUUGGGUGAUAAACGAAAAUUGAAAGAUUGUCAGAACAUGAUGAUCACUCUUGGAACUGUUGUAAGUGGUAUCCAAACGUAAUGGGGCAGAAUAUUUUGUAUAUAUCCAAGUGAUGUUAAUAGAAAGUUACUGUUGUCUUUUAAAAACAUAAAGAAAUAUAUGAUAAUGUUGUGAUAAACUAUAUUAAUGUACCUUUCCUUUUAUCAGUCAUUUAACAGAUUAAUUACAAGUAAGUUUGAUAUCUAACAAUUAAAGUUUGGUUUUUUUAUUCUAAA